AUGUCUGUACCAAAAGCAGUAACCCCGAGCUACACUCGGGCUUACCAUGCGGCGCUGCAUAGGGAUUCCUGCAGAGCUUACCUUGUCCUGCGCUCCCGCAAUGUGUCCCCUGCAGCGUCCCGGCCAUCUCCUCUGGCUGAUGCCGGCAUCCGGCUCCAGUGUUCCGGUCCCUAUGACGUUGGGAUGUACGGGCGGUGCCGGGUGGCGGCGGGAAAUUUGAAAAUUUAAAAAAAAAAAUUCAUUUUUUUCAAAACGAUUUUACAUAUGCUCUGUCCUGUCCCCUGUCUGCAUUUUGACUGUUCUUUCUG